CCAGCCUGGCCCAAACUGUGGAUUGGCAUUAAAACAGGUUUUCUAGCCGAAAUGGGGAAAAUUUUAUAUUUUGUUACCGUCAUUGGAGUCUUCCUCCAAACCGUCAAUGGUCAGGAACAGGGCAUGGAGAAACUGGAGGAAUGUCCGUGUGCAAAUGAAGUCAUAGAAGUAUUUCUGAACUCUGUGGCCAAAAACUCUGUAGAAGUCGACAACGGGCAGAAAUUAAGAUUAAGAUUGUGGCAGCUAAAAAAUGACGAUUGCUCAACCCGCGUUCUCAAUGAGCCUUCAAAACCAAGACGGAUAGAAAUCGAUAUGCUGUAUCGAGGAGAAGUAGACAUCUUAGAGCAGGGUGAGGAUGAUGACCAAUACAGGAGUGACGACAAUGAGGAGCCGCAAGGAAAAAUAGACGCUGAACAACAAUUCGGAGAUAUGGACUAUGGGGCGCAGCAAGGAGUUGGGAAUAUUAGGCCACAGCAAGGAAGCGCAGAUUAUGGACAACAAUUUGGAGGUAUGGACUAUGGGGCGCAGCAAGGAGUUGGGAAUAUUAGGCAACAGCAAGGAAGCGCAGAUUAUGGACAACAAUUCGGAGGUAUGGACUAUGGGGCGCAGCAAGGAGUUGGGAAUAUUAGGCCACAGCAAGGAAGCGCAGAUUUUGGACAACAAUUCGGAGGUGUGAAUGUUGAACCACAGCAAGGAGUGGAGGAUAUUGGACCACAGCAAGGAGUGGAGGAUAAUGGACCACAGCAAGGAAUCACAGACUUUGGACAGCAGUACGGAGGUGUGGACUUUGGGUCACAACAAGAAGUUGGGGAUAUUGGGCCACAGCAAGGAAGCACAGAUUUUGGACAGCAAUUCGGAGGUGUGGACAUUGGGUCACAACAAGGAGUUGAGGAUAUUGGGCCACAGCAAGGAAGCACAGAUUUUGGACAGCAGUACGGAGGUGUGGACAUUGGGUCACAACAAGGAGUUGAGGUUAUUGGGCCACAGCAAGGAAGCACAGAUUUUGGACAGCAGUACGGAGGUGUGGACAGUGGGUCACAACAAGGAGUUGAGGUUAUUGGGCCACAGCAAGGAAGCACAGAUUUUGGACAGCAAUUCGGAGGUGUGGACGUUGAACCACAGCAAGAAGUGGAGAUUGGGCCACAACAAGGAGUUGGGGAUAUAGGGCCACAGCAAGGAGUGGGUUAUGGACAACAGCCGGCGGCUCGAGAUAGCAGAUUACCGAAAGAUAUUGAUAUUGAACAACUGCUGGGAAAUUUAGCUUUAGAAGAAGUGCAACAAAGUCUACAAAAAUUACAGUCACAACAAGGUAUUGAUACUACACAACAGCAAGCGGGAACAGACACUCCACAAGGGCAAGCGGGUGUAAACGAUACACAAGAGCAAGUGGUUGCGGACGCUGCUCAAAAACAGUCAGAACUUCCCAAUGGUUCAUAUUCAGGAACUGGCGGAGGAGAUUCAACCGCGUUUACCUUCACAGUGGACGUGAAUACGGGAAAACUCUCCGAGUCUAUAGACGCUGCGCCCGUGUCAAAUAGAAGGAAGCGGGACGUCGCGCCAUUUGAUUCUGUCAUAAUCAAGAUCCUCAUUGACUUCAAUAAGAACCCCGAUUCUGAUGCCGCCACAAGAAACGAUCAGAUCAAAUCUGUGUUAAGGAAAGCGCUGGCGGAUUACUGGCUGGCCAUGGCCUAUUGCUUACUUGACGUUAAACAAUGAGAAUCAGGUCUGAUGUAAAUUAGAGGACGGAACCCGAAAUCCCUCCGGUAUUGGGCAGCGCCGAAUCUGAACACCGGAGAGGUGGGGCCGCGAAUCCAUCACUUCUCCUCUUCUCGCCCAAUUUGAUCCUCAUCAGUCAUAUUAA